AUGAUAUCGCGUGGCUGCACGUGUCUAAGAAGGCCUUUGUCUGCCGCCUUAGAUUCCAUCGCGGCUGGCCCCGAUGAACCACUGCUUUUCCUUUACCCCCGAUGGGCCGCGUCGGCCGUCCGACAAAGACGUCCAAUCUCAUCCUUGACCAGUGCUUCCGCCUCGCCAAAGAACAGGAAGAAUACUAGCUUGCCUCCCCAUGCUGGUGUCCGUCCAUCCGCUUCAACAUCAUUCGCCCCGACCUGCCGGCACGCGAGCCGAUGGAUCUCCCACGAUGCGGUCUCUACUCAGCUCGAUGGUGACUCUUAUGUCAAACUGCCCGGUGGUCACGCAGAAGAUGAAAUCAAAGACAAAGCGGAAGAGAAGGACACAGAACAUCUUCUAGAUUCGCAACCUGCGAUCCAGUCUGUCUCGGCCUUGGAAGACCGGACAGCACCCACCACCAAGCUGAGUGGCGUCUGCGCCCGAGCGACAAAGAAAUCAAAAUACCCGAUACCAGAGGAGUCAGAGGUGUGGCCGCUUACGCCGGGGUCGCGUAAUCGUGUUCCGAUGGGCCUGUGGGAAAGGACUUUGUCGCCACGGAAUCGGAAGCAGGUUCGAUACGGCGAAUUCACCCUCGAAAGGCAAAAAAGCGAAGGAAGAACUCCCACGCAUCCAAAAUCUUGGAUGGACUUGCGAGAUCUGUUGCUGGAGGUGCAAUCGCAAAGCAAAAGCACCACUCGGAGGGGCACAAAAUAUAAAGAAUUGUUUAUUCCAGAGGAGACCAUCGCCCUUAUGUCUGGAGCCACUACUCCAGGCAAGGCCAUGGAGGAGAAUAUCUGGCAUCUUCCAGUUCGCCACGGAUGCCUGGUACACGUUCUCCCUCCCGAGAAGGGGAAUGGGCUUUGCCGCAAGGUUGUCUUAAUGGGCUCGGAGGGCACCAUUGAACUUGUUGAGGAGAGCAUCAAGCGGCAGCAAGAGCUGCAAGCUAGUGGAGACCCCCUUGUCGAAGUCCAGAAAUCGCCGGUGCCUAUCGUUGCUUCGAUUCAAAAGCUACGGCAGCUGAAUCGUCCAGUGCCAUUGGUUCGUGGAACUUGGACGUCCCCUCUGGACGACCAAGAGGGGGUCUCUUUAGAUAGGUUGCUCGAAAGCGGUCCUCCAUCAGUCGCGUCAGUCAAGGAAUUUGCGGAUCAUGUUGAAGAAGUGGUCAAUUCGCAACCCCUGAACCACGUCAAGGCGGGCCGGGAGGGUGAACAUAGUAGGCACUCCUAUCCGGCGCGGGUUGCGACCCACCUUUCGCGGCUAUUUUCCCGCGACUCGAACCGCAAGUUCUGUUCCACUGCUGCUUUGAACAGUGCCCUAAGAUAUCUGUACAAGAACGAAGGUGUCAGUGUUGCUCGGACCGUGUUCAGUGAAGCAGAGCAUCUCGCAACUGUCGACUCAUAUAACAUUUUGCUGCAAUCUGCGGCCUUGCGCCAGAACAAGCCAAUGUUCGAGUUCUUCUUGAAGGCAAUGGCUCAACGGCGCAUUCGCCCCAACGCAGGAACCUGGCUGGCUUUGUUGCAGGGCAUGCUCACGCAAAAGACCAAGGCCGCGAUCAUCAAGGAUAUGGCCAAGAAGGGCUACAUGAAAGACAUCAACGCUAUUCGCAGCGCGCUGCAGUUGACGAUUUCAGAUUCCUUUUUUGUUCACUUGGAGGGCGGUCGGGACGUGCACAGUUUCUUCGAUCUCAUGAUCAAGACACACGGAGCGGACUGGUUCACUGCCUCGCUACUCAGCCAGAUGUUCGAUGUGACCUCACGCCUGAAAAAUCGCGUUGCUAUGCAGGAGCUGCUUGAUAUCUGCAUCGAAUAUCGUCUUAAUAUGAAUAGUGCUUGUCUCAUGCAAAUUCUGGAUCUGGCUCAAAACGACAUCUUCACUGCUCUCGAAUACACGUCCCAAAUAAUGAAACGGGUCUCGUUCAAACUUGAAGGCAAUGUUUUGGAAAAGCUUUUCUUCUUCGCCUACAAGGGCUGCCACUACAAUAUCUGUCGUGUGUUGUGGCAUUACGCGUGCAUGGAAGACACUACGACCAAACACAUGCGAGCGGUAAUCCUGGACUCCCUGACUCGCAAUGUGUCCUUAAAUACGUCCUCCGACGAUGUCAGAAAAAUCUGGCAUAUCUGUGCCGGCAAGGUGAUUAUUCGCCGUAGUGCACGAGCCAAAUUCAGGAUCAGCCAGGAGCAUCUCGAUCAACUCCCUCCUGAGUUUCAUCACAAUCCUUUUCUCUACUUGGUGUCUGGCUUCAAGGCCUCGGGUCCUGAACGAGCACUCCAGCUUAAACUAGCCAAGGCCUAUAUGCACCGUGAUAUUCUCACGGGCGCCUUUCCCAAGUACCCUCUGCUCGUGAUGUUGGAGGCCGCCGCUACUAUGGAUCAGGAGUGGGCAGGUAAACCCUGGCCUUUGGCAUGGAUGCUCCAGAAUUCUAUCGGAAUUUCGGCCACGAGGCAGUCUCAAGUUUUGGAAUGA